CACAGCCUACAAGCAGACGUAUCAUCCUGAGGAUCCAGAGAUGCUGUUCCUUAGUGUCUUCCUGCUUUCCCUGGUAGCUACAGAUGCUGAGAUUUUCCCCAAAGCUUGUAUAACUCCUGGAAACAAUGACUUUCCGGUCCCUUGCUGUCCUAUGUACAAAGGAACUCCUUGUGGAUCGGGAGAGAAUAGGGGCAGUUGUGUGUCUACAAGUCUUAGCCGGUCAGUGCCACCACCAGAUAUUCUCAAUGAUGACAGAAAAGAAUUCCCUGCACAUUAUUUCAGUUCAAUAUGUCAAUGCAAAGACAACUUUUAUGGCAUCAACUGUGGUGAAUGUGCGGAUAACCGUUGGGGAGAUAAUUGUGAAAACCAAAGAAUCCUCAUCAGGAGCGACUUAGGACAGAGGAGUGAAACUGAACAACAAUUAUUCUUGGCUCAACUGGAUUUCUGCAAACAUGAAAUGGAUCCAGACUAUUACAUCCUUAAAGCAGGAGAUCGUUUACGCAGCUGGACCUACGAGUUCCUCAAUGCCUCUUAUUAUGACGUGUGGUGUUAUGCUCAUUACUACACUACAAAGUCAUUCCUUAUCAAUGGAACAGAAACCGCUAAGAUAGACAGUGGACACCGCAGCACCGCAUUCCUGACCUGGCAUCGACUGUACUUAAUUCAUCUGGAAAAGCGAAUGCAAAGAUGCCUCAAAGAUCCAACAUUUGCUCUUGCAUAUUAUGACUGGCGAUCAGAUAAACAUUGUGCCAUGUGCAAUAAUGAUCUUCUGGGAGCCAACGAUGACCAGGGUAACCUCCAUCCACAAAGUGUCUUCUCAGAAUGGAGGAUAAUUUGUGCAAGUUAUAGAUAUAGCACAACAUAUUGCCUAAUGUCCGACUGCAUUUGUGAACGACCAAAGAUUACCCGACGACCCGGAGCAGCAGUAUCCUCUGGCAUACCAACCAUGGAGGAUGUAGACUACUGCCUGAACCUUCCAGAUCUGGACACCGAACCUUACACUACCAGUUCAAGAAGAAGUGCUCGAAACUGCUUUGAAGGAUUCAUGAAUCGGUUUGAGCUUCCAGUCUUAUCUAUGCACAAUGUGUUUCACAUAUACUGUGGAGGAACAAUGAGUCAAGUCCCCAUCUCCUGCAGUGACCCCAUGUUUGUACUUCACCACACAAUGCUCGACAAAUUAUUUGAGAAAUACAUUUUGAAGUGGGGGCUCAACAAAUCCAGUUAUCCCGACAACCCCAUUGACGGGCACGGACCAUAUGACUGCAUCAGGCCAUUCUGUCAGUGCACUCGAAACCGCGAAAUGCUUGUACCCAGUACCACACUUGGUUUUAAUUAUUCAACUUAUAAUGAUUUUUGAAGCAGCGGAAUGUGAUUCUCAUGAGACGAACAGGACUAAUCAAGAAUCGGACGUCCACGGCGUGAAGCCACCUCAUUACCGAUGAUUCAGAGCAAAUGACCAGAAAAUGCACAACCAAUCACCGAUGAUUCUGCACAAUAAAGUGAUCUCUGCAA